ACUUCCGUCAAUUUUUUUUUAGCAACAACUGUCGAAUCGAACUGAAGAAGGAAAAAAGUAUAUAAACUAAAGAAGAUAAGAAAUGAGUUGUAAGUGUUUAGUUAUAGUCGUAUAUUUUUGUAAAGUUACAAUAUUUUUCAUCGUUGAGAUUUUGAGAUGCUGGACGGUUGCACAAAAGCAAUCACUUGAAUCAGACAGGACUCUGUAGUAGAUCUACUUACUUAGUAAUAAAAACAAAAACACUCAGGGUGUGCCUCCUUCCCUCUUACACAGCAACAAUGAUAUGAAAUUUCAUGACUGUGUUGUAAAUUUUAUAUAUAGAAACAAUUCAUGUCAUUCUGAGUGCGUGUCGCACUUAUUCAGCAUUGCACGGAAUUUGCCAUUAUUAGUCCAGUACCAACAUGUCGAGGGGGACUUUAUAGGUUUGCGCUCCGUCUGUCCAUCAGCCCAGUUUUCUGCACCUUUUUCUCUGUUCUUGCAGAUAUUUAUAUGAAUUUCGUCUCGGUUUGUUGAUUUUUCACUUAAUUAUGGCCCUUGGACUUAGAAAAACAGCAUGAAUUGUUAGUUUACAUCCAAGUUUCUUAUCUCUGUAGAUGCCCAGUUUUCCGGACUUUUUAGGUCACCUUAGUAAACUCAACUCAGGUGACCUAUUGCAAUUGGUUUUCGUCCGUCAUCGUGCGUUAACAAUUGAACAUUUUUAACUUCUUCUUGAUAACUAUCAUCCCAAUUCUUUUCAAAUUUGGUAUGAAACAUAUUUGGAACAAGGGGAACAUAAAUUGUAAAUUUCAGGAUUCCUGCACCCCUGGGGCCUUAGGGGCAGGGCAAAAACUGCCCAAAAAUGACCAAUUUUCAAUUUUCAAAAAUCUUCUCAAGAACCACACACAUGUAAGAAAAACUAAAUGCAUAGUGAUGUAGAGCAGGAAGGCCUCUUCCAAAAUUGUAAAUUUCAUGAUCCCUGGAGUAGGGGUUCUGACCCCAGGGCAGGGCCAAACUUGUUAUAUAGUGUUUAUGUGUAAAACACUUAAAUAACAUCUUCUUUAAUGCUUUUGAAACUAAAUGGAUUGAGCAGGUAGUCUUUUACCAAAAUUGUAAAUUUGAUUUUCCCCAGAGUAAGGGUUUUGACCCCAGGGUGGGGCCAAACUUAGUAUAUAGUAUCUAUGUGUAAGUUUGCUGAUACUCUAUAAAAUCUAAAUGCAUACUUAGGAAUAACAGAAAAGGAUGCACAAAAAAUGGUUAAUUUUACAAAACAGGGUUAUGACUUUAGGAUGAGUCCAAAUUAGUCAUAUAUUUUGAUGUUUUAGUGUAAAUACACUAUCAUCAGUGUAUGCACUUUUGAGGGCAGUGAAGUUUUAAGAACACAUCUUGUUUUAUACUGUUGCUGAACAUUAGAAUUUAGCUUAGAUAUUCAGAACAGGAAAUUUUUUCUAGAUUUCAUAGCCCAUGGAAGUAGUGAGACUUUUUCACUAGUAUUCAGGUGACCGAUAAGGCCUGUGGGCCUCUUGUUAUACUUCCUAUGAUUUUGUCCCCUUUUUAAGUGAUUUGUUUUUCUAAAUUGAUUUUUUUGUACAUGGGUGUAUAGUGAUCAGUUACAGGUCGAGUUUGAGAUUUGUUCGUGUUCGUUGAUUUUUUUAUUGAGUUAUGCCCCUUUAAUUAACAUAGAUAAAUUAUAAUGUUACAACCUGUUUUCCAGACAUUUUUCAAAACUCCUUGUCAUGAGAUAUUGAACUGAUUUUUAUAUGCUGUAUAUUUUUAAGUUACAGAUCCAGUUUGAAUUUUGUUUCUAGUCUGUUGAUUUUUGAUGGAGUUGUGCCCCUUUUACAUAGAAAAAUUACCUGUAACAACCAGGACUUUUUUUCUUCACGCUUGCGAUAUUGAACUGAUAUUUUUUUUUUAAUGCAAGUGUAUAUUGAUGGAUGUUAUUAUUCUGAUCAGAUGAUGUUAUUGAUUUAGAGGAAACUUUCAUAAAGUAUGUAUUUAUUUUAUGGCUGUUAAAAGGAUUGUUGUUGAGUUCUUCAUUGUACUAAAUGCGUGCAACAUACAAUCUGAAUGCCACAAUCAGUGCUAUACUUUGACGGAUUCCUACAUUUUACUGCUGGUGGAGGCAUUCGUGUCAUGCCGACACAUCUAGUUUGUUUUUUGGUACGGAAUUCCCCAAAAUCGGAUUUUACAAGUGAAAGCCCGUUCUAGUCUAUCUUAGUAUAUCAGUACUUUAUGUUUAUGAUGCUUCACACCAAUCUUAAGUAUUUUAGUAGAAGACAAUAAAAGAAAAGGCAAUGUGGAGAAUAAUCAGAAAUCUCGAUUAAAAAGAAAAAGUGAGUUUCAAGUGGAGUGACAAUCCAAAUUUAUGGGUUUGAUUUACUCUGACGAUAUAUGGUGUGUACCUUGUGUCAAAAGUUCAGCACUGUAGCUGCUAUCGCUGGCACUUUGUUUUUUCUUAAUGGUAUUACAAUUUACCGAAUUGAAAGUAUCCAUGUAUAUUUUCAUCAAGUUAUUGAAUAAAAACUGAUUUGUUACAUUUUUGACACGUGCUGUUUUUUACAUUGAAAUAAAACAUUUAAAUCAAGUACUGUAACAUAUAUCAACACUUUGCCAGAAGUUACAUUCCUUGUCCACUAUUUUGCAACGAAAAGUUCUCUAUGUUGGCCUUUGUAAUUUUCUAAUCUAUAAGGCCAAAAUUAAAUUAUUGUUGAUUUGGAAUUGCUGCCCACCUCAUUAGAAUUACUCCCGCUGGAAAAAUUUUAUUGACAAAAUUAUUUAUAAAUUUUUUUUAAGGUUCCAACAGUUAAAAAAGUUUAUAUUUUUGUUCGAUCAACGAAUUACUCAUCUUUUAAACAUCGGGUUUGACAUCCACAUUAAUUUAAUAAGCCGGAUCAGUACAAAGCUUUUUUCUUGCUAUAAAGCAGUCGCCACCAAAAUGUCAGCAUGAAGUGUGAAGCAUCCCGCUAAUGAGCCAAAUUUUCCUUUUGUGUGUUUCUAUACACAUGUGAGGCGAAAAUCAGCAAUAUAAUUUACAGAUUUAGUCUUCAAAAUACUUGGAAAGAGGUCCUUGCAGAGAUCAUGAGCGAAUUAAUUCCGAUAUGUCAGAUGGCAUGGGCAAUAUCGGCCAAAGUUACAAUACAUGGAUCUGAUAUUGAUAGGAACUGUCACCUUUUUCAGAGUUUUGAGUAUUUUGAACAGUCAUUUUUUCCACCUUUUUUCGGCUUGAUUCUUUUCAAAUUAAUUAACAUAAAAAAAAAUAGCUGUCAGAAAAGUAGAUUUGUUCAGUUUUAUAUUGUGAUUUUAUUAUCAAUUUCAAAUUCAAUUUCAAUGAAAAAAAAAAUAAAUUCCCUCCCUCCCUUCUGGGUCUGAAACCCCCCAGACAGCAAUUCCAACCAAACAUUUUUGACAUUUGUUAUUUUUCAUUAUUUGCAGUCAACUACAGAUUACAAUAAUUCCCUGAGGUGGGGCAACCCAUAAACUUGCAUGAAAUCUAUUCAAUUACCUAUAAUUUACAAUUGCAACCUCUUACACUUGGUAGAGUAAGGAAGGAAAACUUGACUAUUCACUGAUUUACUUUUUGCUGACCUCGUAAAGGGAGAUAAUCAAAAUUACUGGUUGAUAAGUGUAUUAAUUAAAAGUUAAAAAUUUUCGGAAAGGACAAGUGAGUUUACUAGCCGGAAUGGCAAGUGAGAUAAAAAGCUCAUGUCUAUCUCUGUAAUGGACACAAAGGUACAUUAUGACAAGAAAAUGUGUCAUGAUCUUGGAUUGAUGUCGAUGUAGUGACUUUGAGCUAUGAUAACUUAAUAAGCAAACGGAUUUGUUUUAGGCCAUAAGUUUGUAAUGGCAGACUUUGAAGCUCAUAUUUUGCACAAAGGUUGCUUACACAAGAAAGUUUAUUAUGACUUUGAAUUAUAGUAUUUCGCACAAGCUCAAGCUCACUGGUUAAAAAAGUUAAAACUAAUUUACUUCCCUUUCAAAUACAAAUACUGAAGUCAUUUAUCCCAUUAAAUUGUGAAGGUCAUGUAGUGCUUCGUUUGUAUUGUUUUGUUGUGAUACUCAGGUGAUCGAUAAGGCCCAUGGCUUUCUUGAUAGUCUGUGCAAUUAUUUUUCUUCAAAGAGGGGCAUAUUGCUUUGUACCUGUCGGUCAGUAUGGCGGGCGGUUGGUCGGUAGACCACAUGUUGUCCACUCAAUAUAUUGAGAACCAUUCACUUGAUCGUAAUGAUAUUUCAUAUGUGGGUUGGUUAUGAGUAGAAAAGGACCUCUAUUGUUUUUCAGGACCAAAGGUCAAGGGUCAAUCUACUCUGGACAUAUGAAGACACUGUCUGCUCUAUAUCUUGAGAACCCUUUGCUUGAUAGACAUCGAACUUGGUACACUGGUACAUCCCAAGGAGUAGAUGACCCUUAUUGAUUUUGAGGUCAUAUGGUCAAAAGUCAAGGGUCAAACUAGACAUAGGAAUAUACUGUCUGCUCAAUAUCUUGAGAACCCUUUGCUCAAAAGACAUCAAACUUAAUACACUGGUACAUCUUCAUGAGAAGAUGACCCCUAUUGAUUUUGAGGUCACAUGAACAAAGGUCAAACUGGACAUAGGAAUAUACUGUCCGCUCAAUAUCUUGGGAACCUUUGCUUGACAGACAUCAAACUUGGUACACUGGUAAAUCUUCAGGAGAAGAUGACCCCUAUUGAUUUUGAGGUCACAUGGUCAAAGGUCAUGGGUUAAACUGGACAUAGUAAUGUAUUGUCUCCUAUAAUUUAAGAAUUAUUUGCUUGAUUGACACCAAACUUGGUACACUAGUACAGACGACGAUGGUGUAGAUUUAUAGUGCAGACUGCUCAGUAGGGGCCCUGCUACACUAGUACAGCAUAAGGAGUAAAUGACCCCUAUUGAUUUUUAGUUCACAUGGUCAAUCUACUCUUGACAUAGGAAGAUAUUGUUUGCUCAAUAUUUUGAAUUGAUGAUACUACUAUCAAUUAAAUGAUGCAUGUGUAUAACCCUUUUCAAUUUUGGACCACAGGGGACAUAUAUGUUUUACAAACAUCUCUUGUUUAUCAAAGGUAAUGUUUAUGACAAAGUUUAAUGUAUGAUUCUUAAUUCUACAAAAUUAAUUCUAUAUUUAUAUACAUGAACUUGGUCACAUUAUUUAGCAUUUUCUACAUUUGUAUUUUUAUUAAUGAGGUUGUGAUUAUUUAGUCUUGUUAUCUCUAAUGAGAAAUUACAAAACUAUACUAAGGGCAGGUAACUCUUCCUGUUUAAUUCAAAGCACUUUCACUAUUACAAAGUGUUGGGUAUUUAUGUUAGUGAUGUGUUGAAGUAAAUAAAUGUAUAUUUCUUUUGUUUUAAAAUUAGGUCUUUAAUGCAUGUUCCUGAGAAUGGAUGAUAGCAAACCUCCUGGAAAAGAUAUAAAUAAUGAUGCAGAAAAGGCUGAGGAGAAAGCUAAAAAUCAAGUAACAUCACAAAAGAACCAAUCUGCAAAUGCAACCCUCAGAAACCCACAGUCGUCUUCCCAAAGUACAACACCAACUACAUCCACAGAAGCUGAAAACAAUCAGCAAUAUGGCAGUGCCUUGCCUGCUAAACAUACCGAGUCUCGUGCACAUAACCUUACCACUGUAAGCUCCUCUUCCAUGUCCACAGCCACCAAUUCUCUGUGCUCUAGUCCAACAUGUAUGCCACUUGCCUUGGCUUCAGGAUCUCUGUCAUCAGGUGCUAACAGUCUAACAGAUUUUGAAAAGCAGGUGAUCAAUGCCACCAGUGGCUCUGUAGGACAUGGUAAUGCUCCGUACAACUGGCAGUCUACAAAGACAUCGAUCAAGGAGCGUUUGCAUUAUCUCUAUAACACAGAGAUAAUGUGUGACAUCCACUUCAUAGUUGGAACCUUACCCAAUCAGCAGAAGAUUCCAGCACACAAAUUUAUCCUAUCAGUCGGAAGUGCUAUGUUUGAUGCCCAAUUUAAUGGACCAAUGGCCACUUCAGAGGAAGUCAUUGAAAUCCCUGAUGUUGAACCAGCAGCCUUCCUAGCUCUUCUCAAGUUUCUCUACUCUGACGAGGUCACAAUUUGCUCGGAUACUGUGAUGACAACUUUGUAUACUGCCAAAAAGUAUGCCGUACCUGCUUUAGAAAGAGCAUGUGUGGAUUUCCUGAAACGUAAUUUAAGUAGCGAUAAUGCUUUUAUGUUGCUCACUCAGGCACGACUCUUUGACGAACCUCAGUUAGCCGCUCUCUGUUUGGAGACCAUCGACAAAAACACUUCUGAAGCCAUUAUGGCUGAUGGUUUUACUGACAUUGAUAAUGAGACCCUCUGUGUUGUUCUAGAAAGAGAUACACUUGGCAUCAGGGAAUGCAAACUUUUCACGGCAGUUUACAGAUGGACAGAGGCCGAAUGUGCGAGAAGAAAUCUGACUCAAACCUGUGAGAACCAACGAAAUGUUCUUGGGAGAGCUCUACGUCUGAUCCGCUUUCCGUUGAUGAAUGUAGAAGAAUUUGCUCAAGGAGCAGCGCAGAGUGGAUUGUUAGAGGAUCGAGAAGUGGUGCAGCUGUUUCUCUACUUCACCGUCAACCCCAAACCACAGAUCAGCUUUCUGGAUGUACCCCGUUGUUGUCUGACUGGAAAAGAACAAGUUGUGUCACGCUUCUGUCAGAUAGAGAGCCGCUGGGGGUACAGUGGCACCAGUGACAGAAUUAGAUUCAUGGUGAAUAGAAGGAUUUUUGUGGUUGGCUUUGGGCUGUAUGGAAGUAUACAUGGACCAACCGAGUACCAAGUCAACAUACAGGUGAUACAGUCUGAUUCUUUGAAAGUCAUGGGUCAGAAUGAUGCAACAUUUCUGUGUGAUGGGACAAACAAUACUUUCAGGGUGAUGUUUAAAGAGCCAGUGGAAAUCCUGCCCAACAUCAGUUACACAGCAUGUGCUACGCUAAAGGGUCCAGAUUCCUACUAUGGUGCGAAAGGCCUGAGGAAGGUUACUCACGAAUCAGUCUCCAGUGGAAAAGUAACGUUCCAAUUUACAUACGCGUCUGGCAAUAACAACGGUACUUCUGUUGAGGAUGGACAAAUCCCAGAGAUUAUCUUCUACACUUAGAACCCCACAACUGUUGCCAGCCCUUAGUUAGCACAGAUUAGGCCAAGUAAAAUUAAUUAGUAGAUUAUCAUUCCUGCCCGCCCCUCGAAAAUCGCCCCGCCCCGAUUUUUUUUAUUUUUCAAAAUUACGAUUUCCGGAUAUUUUUAUGUCCGGUUCGGUAUAUCGUAAACGUACUUUGUUUCACUUUGCCUUUUAGAAACCCAAAUACACAUGUAAUCAUGAUUUAUAAAGCCUUUUCUCAAUGAGAGAAGGCAUUUUCGAGGUCAAUAAUACCAUGGCGAAAAAUAAAAAAUAAAAUCCUCCCACCCGCCCCAUUUUUUUGUGAAGUUUGAAUGAUAAUCUACUAAUUAAUUUUACUUGGCCUUAUGUUGUAAUGAAUUUUAUAGACCAUUCAAUAAUUUCUUUCUGCUCCAAAGAUGGAGUCGUCCACUACUUAUUUCAUGACUGAUGUGAUAAAGAAAAGUAUAUUUCUAGUGGCUGCGCUUUACUUUCAGUUAUUGAUAUAUGAACAUCUUCAUGCUACCUGUAUAUCUUUAAAAAAAACAUACAUUGAACACCAUAAUAGCUUUCUUUUAAGGUUUUGUGGAUUGAAACUAUAAUGUUAAUGUACUUGCAUGUACAUGUAUACAUUAGAUCAAGUUAAGUGUAUGUCUACUAUAGCAAAUGACAAUGAUAAAAGAUAUAAUGUAGUCAGUAGUUAAGAAACGUUGGCCAGUAAUUUGGAAUCGCAAAUACCAUCAUCUAUAGUAUUGUUUAAGAUUUGUAUUUGUGUAACUUACAUUUUAUGUAAUGUCUUUUAGGUCAGAAUAUGUUUUGCAAUGGAGAAAAUAAUUCUUGUGUAUAUCUAUAGUGGAGCUCUUGUAGUUUAUGAAAUUGAUGGAAGUAAAUGGAUAAAUCUUGCUUGAUGGAUACUUGUUUUUGCAACAUUUAACAUCUCCAAUGUGAAAUUAUGUCUUGUAGUUAGUUUAAUAGAUGUAUAUGUGCAAAUUAUUAAGACAAGGUACAUGUGCUCUCAAAUAAUGAAGUACAGGUACUACUGAAAAUUCAUUUGUUUUCUUGCAUGAGAUGUAACUCACACCAUUGUCUCAUAACAUGUUGAUUUUCAUCUUUCUCUCUCUGUGAGAGAGAUCCACAUUAAGUGUAGGUGUCUGAAGAUGAUCUUAUUCAAGGAACACUGUAUGUGAUAACUUUAUUAUACAAAUGAAAUUUGAUUUGUUGAUAUUAAGAAUUCUUUAAUAUUUUUGGAUAUGGGAAUAUUUAAAAAUUUAAGAAAUGCCUGUGAUUUUUUAUAUCCAUAAUUUGAAUUAGAUAAGCAAUGAAUAGUAAAAUGGCACUCCUUAAAACUUACCCAUUGCUAGAUGCUCUAUGUAAUGCAUUGAGUACAAAGGUGUAUUAAUUAAAGAGUGUGCCAUAUGAUUGAAGUUGAAGUCAUCUAAAAUACUUCAAGGAGACGAGGAUUGGGAUUACAAAUUUUCAAUUCAAUGUAAGCAAUAAUUAUGCAAUACUUGCUGAUUAUAAAGAAUAUGUUGUAUAAGUUUAAUAUACAGCUCGUCAAAUAAAGUACCAAGCUUUGGAUGUACCCCAUGGUGGAUAUUAGGACUGCGAUUUGUGAUAAAGUUCAUUAUUCUUACUUUUCCAGGGUAUAUGAUAUUUUUAUCCUCUGUCUUUCAAGGUGAAAAAUUUAAUUAAUUCAUUUGUCUGGUACUGUCAACUGACAAUUCUUCUCCACAUUUAACCCUUGCAUUUUGUUUCAUUUUCCCAUGUAUUUUAUUCUUUAAGCUUAACGCCUGUAAUUUACAAUUUAUGUGUAAUUUGUAUAAUUGGCAGAAAGUACCCCUACUUCCAUCAUUUAUAUAUCCCUCAUAAUACAUCCAACCUACAAUAUGUAUUCUUAUAUCCAUAUUUUGUAAUAGACAUAGGUUUUUAUUAAAUUGUGAGGGCAAUGCUUCUAUUGAGAAAUAAAAUACAGUGAAAUUGCAUAGGCUUAUUAAUUAUUAACAAAAUGUUGGUAAAUGUAAUGAUUGAUGUACAGGGCAUAAACGUUGUUUAAAAGUGGACUGGAUGUACCAAAUUUGGUGAUGUCUCAAAAUGAGCGAGAUGUGAGAACAACAAACAAGCAAACAAAAGCUUUUUUAGUUUUUGCAAAUAUAAUCUUAUCUUAAGAAUAGGUAUUAAUCAAAGACUGUCUGUGUUUACUUAUUUAUUGAUUAUCAUAAGUAUUAAUUUAUAUAAUAAUUAUGUCUCUAGUAAUAAAUAAAGUUUUACAUGAAUCAAGGUC